UCCCUCCCUCCCUCCCCCAUUUCCCUCCUUAGCCAUAACACCGGACCAAAUCUUUCUUCUUAUCCACUCUACUCUGUAAAAUAUUAUUAUUACUCUUUUUUAGAAUUAGGGUUUCUUCUUCGAAUUGAUUUUGAUGAUGAAUCAAACUAGAGCUAGGGUUGUUGGAGAUUACAUAGUAGGUAAACAAAUUGGGUCUGGAUCUUUCUCUGUUGUAUGGCAUGCAAGACAUAGAGUUCAUGGGUUGGAAGUUGCUAUUAAGGAAAUUGUUAUGGAUCGAUUGAGUAAGAAAUUACAAGACAAUUUGUUACAAGAGAUUGAGAUUUUGAGGAAGAUUAAUCACCCUAAUAUCAUUCGCUUGUUUGAUAUUAUUGAGGUUCCAGGAAGAAUAAAUCUCGUGCUGGAGUACUGCAGAGGAGGGGACCUGUCUAGGUAUAUACAACGUCAUGAAAGAAUACCAGAAGAUACUGCAAAACAUUUUAUGAAACAGCUAGCUGCUGGUUUGCAAAUCCUUCGCCAGAACAAUCUUAUUCACCGAGAUUUAAAACCACAGAAUCUCCUCCUUACCACAAAUGACAAUCAGGCUGUACUGAAAAUUGCAGAUUUCGGCUUUGCAAGAUCUCUACAGCCUAGAGGUCUAGCCGAAACACUUUGUGGUUCUCCUCUCUACAUGGCUCCAGAAAUAAUGCAACUCCAGAAGUAUGACGCAAAGGCAGAUCUGUGGAGUGUUGGUGCUAUCUUAUUUCAGCUUGUAACUGGGAAUACCCCAUUCAAUGGAAAUAAUCCAAUUCAGUUGCUGCAGAACAUAUUGAAAUCGAAUGAGUUGUGCUUCCCUCAAGACAGUAAAGAUUUAACUUCUGACUGUAUCGAUUUAUGUCAGAAGUUGUUACGCCGUAAUCCAGUGGAGCGAUUGACAUUUGAAGAAUUUUUUAACCACCCAUUUCUUCCUCAAAAACAAUCACAGGAAUCAUUCAGUAGUUCCUCAAGGCACGUGGAAGGAAGUUCUCCAGAUGAUAAUCUGCCAUUUAUUCUGGAUGACGAUCCAAUCCCGUCGUCCCCUGCAACACGGAACUCGAUGAGGUGUACUUAUGGAUUUUAUCUUGGCAAAGAAGGUGAUAAGAUAGCAACUGCCUCAAACACUUCUAGGAACGUGGGUAGUGCUCCCAGUUCCCGAUUUAGUAGUACUCCCCCUAAAAUUGGAAGUAUCGGUUUUAAGAUUGAGGACCGCAGAUCUCCAGAGGCAAACGUGAAAAAACCCAUCACUUCAAUGAGCCAAAGACCAGCAAAGGCCUGUCCUGAAGUUUGGGAUUCAGAGUUCAUUGAUGAGGAGUAUGUUGUUGUGCCUGGCCCUCCAUUGGAGGUACCGUCUUCAUCCACCAGGCAGCAUAAACUCCCGUGUAAAGCAGAGAGCGUCCCUGUUAAACCUGUUAAUAGUACCAGUGCACCAGUGCCAAUUAUUGGUGCCGCGGGAAUUAACACUUGUGGUUUUGAAAGCUUGGAAAGUCGCAGCUCUACACCUUCGGGAUCGCAUGGAUCCAUGGAUAUAGGAGACUCUUUGGAGCAGCCAUCAGCUCACCCAUUGACGAGAAUUAGGUCAUUGCGACGAUGUGCAUCCGCCAUCAGGGAACUAGUGAAUGACAAGGUGGAAGCAGGCAAGCAAUUAGAAGCUUUCUCAAUUCAGCUGGUAAUCCUAGCAGUUUGGAAACAAGCAUUGCAUAUAUGCCAUACACAUGCGGCUUCAGUUCUUGAAGGAAGUCCGAACCAAGAGAGUGCUCGAGUCAGGAGAAGCACCUAUAGGAAGCAUAGUUAUUCAGAUUCCCGAGAAAGUCCUGAGAACAUGGAUGCUCAAGGGCCACAGGCUGUCUGCUCACAGAUUGAGAGGGAUUUUCUUUUUGAAGUUGGACAAGCAGAGGAACUAUCAAAAUCUCUGGACCCAAUUGAUGGGAGCUUGGAAAUGCCAGACGCCCUGGAGACUAUAUACCAAUCUGCCCUUGCACUGGGCAGAAGUGGCGCUGUUGAUGAACUCUACGGUGCAACUGAGACGGCAUAUUCCUUGUAUUCAAGAGCUGUACGUUUGCUUGUUUUCCUUCUGGUGGAAGCUCCCUCACUGAUUCUCAACCCUCCUUUCUUCCUCACAAAUACGGACCGCAUUCGACUUCGAACCUACAUUGAUAUCUUGAACAGCAGGCAAAGUCGGUCAAAAUCUCAUAGGAUGAACCUUCUCAGAUGAGAAGAAGAACCAUGCCCACCUUGAAAACCAACUAGAGAGGUUUUUUUUACAGACCUCUGGAUGUGCAUAAACAUUUUCAUUAGUUUCAACCAUUAAAUUGUACAGAAUAUUCUUUUGACCACCUCUUGGAUUAUGUUUAUGUGGGAUAGUAUGAUAGACUUGAAAAACCUUCUACUUAGUCACUUGCCAUUGAGCUUCUUUUAAUACAAUAUUAAUCUAAUUUAACAU